AUGUUGUCCCGACUGGAUGCAGGGCCAAGUUGUCGCCACUCUAGCGUCGCGGCGCAAAAGGCCGUGGCGCAGCAGUCGCACAGGCUGAGCGUCUGCACUACGACGUCGUCGACGUGCAGCUACGCGACGAGCAAGUCGACCGAAUCGGAAGCACGUCCCCACGCCGACACGUGCGACAUCUCUUCGGAGCCGCUGCAAACGGACAGCGAAAUCACAAGAUUUCUGCAUGGCACCUUCAACAUCGAGCCGGAGAUGGCAGGCCCACUGCUGCAGUUCCCGCUGGACCUGUACCGGCGCAUGCGCCAGGAAGGUGGCAACGUGGUGGUGUCACCCUGGUACCUGGCCUGCAUGCUGGUCACAAUGUACCACGGCUCAGGCGGAGACACACGGACACAGAUAGCGCGCUUGCUCCACACGGACGACGACGGACAGAUCGUGGCACGCUUCGACAGCCACGCCAGCCGCCUGUUCUGUCGGGACUUCCACAAGCCACGCCACACACACUCGGGACUGAACGUGACGUCCUAUGCCGGGCUCUACCACGACGCACGAGUAAACCUUUCCGCCGAGUUCAAGGAGCCGCUCUCCAACCUGGACAUUCACUUCCACGUUCAGGACUUCGCGGAGAGUCCCGAGCAGAGCAGGCUCACACUGGACGGCUUUCUGCGCGCACUGACGGGCUUCUGCUUCGAGCGUGACAUCUUCAGCGGCGACAGCAUGGACCUCGACACUGUCGUGAUCCUGGCCAGCGUGUUCUGCUUCGGCUCUCGCUGGUUCGUCGCGGGUGGAGCCCAACACUCGACAGGAAAGUUCGGUCCCGAAUACGCCGGCGACGAUCGAGGGGGCGAGGACGUCCCCACGCUGUCUCUGACCGGCAUCUUUCGGCACGCCCGCUUCCACAAGGGUGACCCUUUCUCCGGGAUCGUGGUGGACCUGCCUUACCAGGACCCCCGGCGGUCACUCGUCAUGUUCGUUCCUGCGCCGAACUCUAGCCUCGUCGAGCUCGAGAAGGCGCUCACCGCAGCCACGAUCCUGACGUGCCUCGGCCGCCUGGAGCACCGAGGCCUGGUGACAGUGACCAUGCCCAAAAUGAAGGUGAAGUGCGUCACCGAUCUGAAGCGCUACCUGCAGCCCAUGGGCGUGACGGACGCGUUCAACGAUACGGCCGACUUUGUCAAUAUGGCGCGCAUCGUGGGGCUCAGGCUCUCGGCGGCGAAGCACUUGGCCGUGUUCAGAGCUGGACACAAGGGUCCGAAAGUUCCCUCCGCGCAAGCCAAGUUCGUGGAGAAGGCGCGUUCUGCCAGCGGCGGCAAGAACUUGCUGAAGAUAACGGUCGAUAGACCGUUCAUGUUUGUCGUGCUCGCCCGUGAUCCAGAUACCGUGCUUUUGCUCGGGUCGUUCACGCACAUUAUCUAA